CGUAACACAAUUACUCCAUCUCACUCCAACUUCCACCAAGGGAAGCUGUCGUGCCGCGGUCCUUGCGCCGCAGUUCCAGCUGCCCCACCCACUAUUACUAUUUAUGCCCCAUAUCUCCUCGUCCACCAUGGCCCCUGUCGACAGGUCCAAUUUGUCCCGGUCUGGCGUGAUCACCAGUGGUGCCGACAACACAUCAUCCGACGGCAUCGUCGUGUUCAUUCCCGCGGCACUCAAGCGACCGUCCCACACAUUGUAUUGCAUCUGCGUCAAAGUCGACGAGACCCCACACGGGGGUGGCAGCGCCGAAUGGUCAGUCAACCGACGGUACUCUCAGUUCCUCGAACUCCGCAAACAGAUCCUCCAGUUCCUGCAGCGAUCGCCGACAUGUCCAGGGUGCCAGAGCAUGACGCGCGCGGUCGGUGCGUUUCCGUUCCCCCCCAAGGCGUUCUUCCGUACGAACAAACUUGUGCGGCAGCGGACCAAGGACCUCCAGACGUUCGUGGAGAUUGUCAUCGCGCGCACGUUCUCGACGGCCCCCAAAUGCGUCACGUGCGGCAUCGGCACCAUGAACCUCGUGUGGCCGUUCUUCAACCGCGGCGCUCAAUACAUCUCCCGCCAGUCCACCCACCUCCCUCCCACACCACAUGCUUCGCGGACAGCUCAUCACAUCUCGCCCUCCUCCAAGUCCCAAGCUGCCAAUAAGUCGAAAACCAAACCCGAAGCCACGUCCGACUGCUCAACCACAGAUUCCGUCCAAGACAUGAACGACUACGAAGUCCACCGCCGCACCACACACAGAAUAGCCGAUGCCGUGUCCAUGGACGAAUAUUCAGCCGACCCCGUGUUCCUCACCUGCCGGUCCGAUCACUCGUCGAGCACUGUCGCUACCAACGACACGAGUCUCGUGCAGUUACAGUAUCGCAGCCUCAAGCAAGACAAAGCCGCGUUCUUGCUACGGUCGACGUCGGAAACCACCACGGAGCAUGAAUCCACCACCGCCAUGGCGCUGUCGUACUUGGACGGCGCCGAAAAAUGCACCGACCCGCGGACGUCCGUAGCCACCGUCGAGCAAGCCCUCGAUGAAGUGAUCAUCGCAGACGGACAUGCCAACACCAAGGAACAAAAGAUGUUCCGCCUUAGUACAAUGUGGGAAGCAUUUGAGCUGGACGACAUUCAACGGGACCUGGUGUCCACGCGGACCACCAAAUUCGGCAUCCUUGUCUAGACCAAUCAAUUAUACACCAACUCCAUUAUACACCAACCCGAAUGUGUAACGCUAAGUAUGCUGCAUUCCGACAAGAGAUGAAUAUUGACAAGAGAAUUCCGCCCUCACGCGCAGCACUGCUUGUCGACGUUCGCUCGAAUAACGUUAUUCACUCACAUUAAGGUUACCCGGAGGCAGGGAUUAUCAAUAAUAUAUAUAUAUUAUAAAAUAUUGCAAUA